AUCAAUAAGUAUUAUUUAAAACAAAAAUGGCGCGUUUUUGGGUACCCGGCAACGAUAUUAAUUGUAUGACACCAAAGAAUAGAUUCUAACCUUGUGGAAUACUUUUUACGAAGUUUAUAACAUAAUUUCGAAUUAUAUGAUGACUUCAAAACCUACUCAAUCCACUAAUUUACCAUGGGUAGAAAAAUAUCGACCAAAAAAAUUGGAUGAUUUGAUAUCUCACGAAGAAAUUAUUAAAACUAUAAAUAAAUUCAUUGAUGAAAAUUUACUUCCACAUCUUCUUUUUUAUGGACCUCCUGGCACAGGAAAAACAAGUACAAUACUUGCUUGUGCACGUAAAUUAUAUACACCAGCUCAAUUUAAUUCAAUGGUUUUAGAAAUGAAUGCUUCAGAUGACAGAGGUAUCAACAUAGUUAGAGGACAAAUACUUAGUUUUGCAAGUACAGGUACAAUGUAUAGGUCUGGUUUUAAAUUAAUCAUUCUUGAUGAAGCUGAUGCUAUGACAAAUGAUGCACAGAAUGCUCUUAGAAGAAUAAUAGAGAAGUACACAGACAAUGUAAGAUUUUGUAUUAUAUGUAAUUACCUCAGUAAAAUUAUUCCUGCCCUUCAAUCUCGGUGCACUAAAUUUAGGUUUGGCCCUCUUUCUAUAGAUCAAAUUUUACCAAGGCUAGACACUAUUAUUAAAGAAGAGAAUUUAAAUGUUACGGAAGAUGGAAAACAAGCAUUAAUAACAUUAAGUGGAGGAGAUAUGAGAAAAGUUUUGAAUGUCCUCCAAAGUACAUGGCUUGCUUUUGGGGCAGUUACAGAAGAAAAUGUUUAUUCUUGCGUUGGACAUCCUCUUCCAAUUGAUAUAAAAAACAUUGUCAAUUGGUUAUUCAAUGAAUCAUAUGAAUUGUGUUAUUGUAAAAUCCAAGACAUAAAGUUAAAAAAAGGACUGGCAUUACAAGAUAUAUUAACAGAACUUCAUUUGUUUAUAAUAAAAGUAUUUGAAUUUCCAGAUUCAAUACUUAUUGAUUUAAUAAUAAAACUAGCUGAAAUAGAAAAGAGGGUAUCUAUUGGUUGUAGUGAAGCAGUACAAUUAAACGCCCUUGUUUCAGCGUUUCAAAAUGCUCGCGAUAUCGAGACUUAAUAUUUAUCAAAUUUGAAGAUUCAAUUAAGGCAUUCUUCGAGAAAUAAAACAAGAUUAAAUGGAUACAAAUGAGUCAGAUAUUCUUCAUUUUGAUCGAUAUUGCACGUAUUUUCAACUAUGGAAAGGGGAAAGCUAACAACGGAACUGUCUUGCUCUCGGUCUCUCAGGGAUUUUAACGAGAUUCGGAACGAUUUCAACUUUCCAAGAACUUUCAACAUAAGUGUCUGGACACUCGACAAAGAAAGAAGUGUACUCUUUGUUGUAUCAAUGUCGAUACAAGAAUAGAAGGGAAGGAAGGAAAGAAAAGAGGAAAAUAAAAAAAAAAAAAAAA